GCUGCAUCUAAUCUGAUAACUAUAAUUGAUAAGCUUUGUGUUCAUAUAUGUAUAAAAGUCAAUUUACAGGAUACCUAAUUAACUGUUUCAUCAUAAUGAAGUCUGUUUUAUUUGUUAGUUUGGUGCUUUUGUUGGCUAUAGGGUUCUCAGCAGCAGUUUCCUCCUGCUACAGCUGCUUAGGAAAUUCGACUGCUUGCCCCUUUAGUCCUACAGAAGCACAAAUAACUGCUAUGAAGAAGAUGAGUUGCAGCAGCUAUACUACCAGUACCAUUUGCUCUAAAUAUGCAAUUCUGUUUCCUAAUGGUGAAUACUACACAUUCAGAGGAUGUUCUCCAAAGAACGUUGGCGGAACCAAUCAGGGCGAAGACUUUUGCUCUUUUGUGCAGACUCUGUAUGAACCGUUGAUCCAAAAUGGAGUUAUUUCUUCUUCCAGCUGCUCCGCUUGCUAUACAAUCGAUUGUAAUACGUAGAAAUUCCAAUUAAUUCCUUAAUUAUAAUUAAAUUACAUACGAUUUUAUUGAUA